UGUUUUAUUUCCUUCCUUUAAAAAAGCUUGUGGCUUCAAGCUCGAUGUCACCAUCAUUCUCAACUUGCUUUCCUGAGUGGGUUACCAAUUAAAAAAUCAAAAGAAAAAGGAGAAGAAGAAAAAAAAUUAACGCAACUUCAUCAAAUUAUUCCUGUGAGACUCCUUCCGGAAAGAACCCAUUAUUCCCAUUUAUUCCAGGAAAUUUCUUUCCUUGAAUGUUUCUGGUGUCCUUGUAUGAAGUUUGUUUUUUGGCAGUUUGUGGGAUUUAAGACGAGCCCUUUUGACUACUGAAGCAGAAGAUAGCAGAAGGAUAUUGUUGAUACUCUGGAAAAGGGAAAGAUAUUGAUCUUGGUAUAAAUUUGUUUGAGGAAAAGAUGUCGCGGUAUUUGACUGAGAUAUAUAAUGACAACAUAAAAUCUAGGGAGGAGGAUAUUGUAGAUGCUGUAUUCCCUUUGCUGAAACUCCUGUCGCUUACGUUAUUUGGAUUAGUUCUUGCUCAUAAGAAUGUACAGAUUAUCCCUAAGGAAACAUUCAAGUUACUCAGCAAGCUAGUUUUUGUACUUUUCCUGCCUUGUCUAAUCUUUACUCAAUUGGGGAAAUCUAUUACGGUUGCAAACUUCACAAGUUGGUGGUUUAUUCCUGUUAAUGUGUUAAUUAGCACUGUAGUUGGUUGCAUUUUGGGGUUCUUAGUAGUAAUCAUAUGUCGCCCGCCUCCAGAGCUGACUAGAUUCACCAUCAUUAUGACCGCAUUUGGUAAUACUGGGAAUCUUCAUCUUGCGAUUGUUGGUACUGUUUGUCAUAAUGAGGAUAAUCCCUUUGGACCUGAUUGCCAUAAUAGAGGCGUGUCUUAUGCCUCGUUUGCUCAAUGGGUUGCUGUGAUACUCGUUUACACUUUUGUGUAUCAUAUGAUGGAACCUCCACUGCAGUAUUAUGAAAUUCUUGAACAAGGGGGUCAAAAUGAUGAGCAAGAGCAACCACAGAGUGCCGAUAUCAGUAGACCUCUCCUUGUGGAAGCUGAAUGGCCUGGCAUUGAGGACAAAGAAACCGAACAUUCCAAAACACCUUUUAUUGCUAAUGUUUUCAAGAGUAUCUCAAACGUAUCAGAGAUGACUCUCCCAGAUGUUGAAAACGCAAGUAAAGGAAACACCGAUAGUCCUAAGUCCAUUAGGUGUCUAGCAGCACCCCGAGUUGUCCGAAAGAUUAAAGUUGUUGCUGAACACACGCCAAUACGGUCCAUACUUCAACCCCCAACAGCUGCUUCUUUGUUAGCCAUAAUUAUUGGCAUGAUUCCUCAGGUCAAGGCUUUUGUUUUUGGGAGUGAUGCACCUCUGGCUUUCAUUACUGACAGCUUCGGGAUCUUAGCUGGUGCUAUGGUGCCCUCUGUGAUGCUUAUUCUCGGGGGUAUGCUUGCCGAGGGGCCCAAUAAAUCUAGACUUGGGCUGCGUACCAUGAUUGGUAUCAUUGUGGCAAGACUGCUGGUGCUUCCUCUACUCGGGAUUGGCAUUGUGGCUUUGGCUGAUAAGCUACAUAUCCUUGUUCAUGAUGAUAAAAUGUUUAGAUUUGUGCUUUUGUUGCAGUACACAACACCAAGUGCAAUCUUAUUGGGAGCAAUUGCCAGCUUAAGAGGUUAUGCAGUGAGUGAGUCCUCAGCGCUUCUCUUCUGGCAGCAUUUGUUUGCUUUGUUCUCCCUUUCAUUGUAUCUUGUCAUUUAUUUUAAAUUAUUAUAACAUUUUUAAAGUUAGAGAUUUCCCUUUAGGUGCCUUCUUUGUUCUAGAUGGUUGGCUUGCAUACUUUUGAUGCUAAAUGCCGACUGCAAUGAUAGUAGUACCUUUUGUUUUCAGCACACUCUCGCUCUGUUUGUGUCUGGAAAGCUUAUUCUUCUAAAUUUGGGAUUUUCUUUCAGCUAAAUGUGGUGGGCACCACUUGUACGCUUGAUUGAUCAAGUAUUCUACAUCAAUGAAUUUCACUUUGUGUGUGGAACA